UUAUUUUCCCUUCAAUUACAUCCUUAUUUUCUCCCAAAGCUCUCAUCUUUUUCCUUCACAUGGCCUUAGUUCGUGAACGACGCCAGCUUAAUCUCCGUCUUCCGUUACCGGACGUUUCCGAUCGCCGCCCUCGUUUCCCUCUCCCACUCCCUCUUUCCUCCACAGCCACCGCCGUCGCUGCUUCUUCGGUCACCAUUCCCGCCACCGAGCUCGAAAGACUCGAAGUUCUCGGUCACGGAAACGGCGGAACAGUGUACAAAGUCCAACAUAAACGUACUUUCAAGAUUUACGCUUUGAAAGUCGUGUACGGCGACGGUGACCAGACUGUUCGCCGUCAAGUUUUCAGGGAAAUGGAUAUUUUACGAAAGACUGAUUCACCUUACAUAGUUCGUUGUUACGAAACGUACGAGAAACCUUCCGGCGACGUGGCGAUUUUAAUGGAGCAUAUGGACGCCGGCACUUUAGAUACCCUUCUUCGUAAUAAAGGCACUUUCACGGAGCUUGAACUUGCUCAUAUAACAAGACAGAUUCUAAAAGGAUUAAGCUAUUUGCAUGCACAUAAAAUCAUUCACCGUGAUCUUAAGCCGUCGAAUUUAUUGGUCAACAAGAAGAUGGAAGUCAAAAUCGCCGAUUUCGGAGUUAGCAAGAUGAUGACUCGGACGCUGGAAGCGUGUAAUUCGUACGUCGGAACUUGUGCUUAUAUGAGUCCGGAGCGGUUCGAUCCCGACGCUAACGGUGGUAACUACGACGGCUUCCUUGGUGAUAUAUGGAGUUUGGGGUUAACUUUAAUGGAACUUUACGUGGGUCACUUCCCGUUUCUACAGGCCGGUCAAAGACCCGAUUGGGCUACACUUAUGUGCGCCAUAUGUUUCGGCGAUCCACCGUCUUUGCCGCCGGGUGCUUCCGAUGAGUUCAGAAAUUUCAUGGAGUGUUGUUUGCAAAAGGAAUCUAGUAAAAGAUGGACAGCUUCUCAGCUUUUGAAUCAUCCAUUUCUGAUUAAACAUCCAUCGCCGGCGUCAGCCGACAACUGAACCGACCGACCCGAUCCGAUCUAAAAUCCGGAUACCCUUUUUUUGUAGAGACAGGAAUUAAUCUGGAUUUGGAUCUUACUUUUCCCUUUUUGCUUUGCAUUUGUAUAUUCUUUUGCCUUUUCAUGCGGCAAUCAAUUUGCUGUUCCAUGAUGUAAUCUCAAAAUUAGAUUCAUUUUACAUUGAAAUUUUAUCAGAUAAUUUCCCAAA